AUGCUGAACUGCUUCAAACUUCAUCGACAACGUCGUGAAUCCACAUUCCGCCAUGCGCGAAUUCGUGCCCUCAGUUCUAGCCCGUAUCAGUCUCGAAAACAACAUUACGGUGUUACGUUGAAUAAUGAAGCCAGUCCAUCAGUUACUGCUCCACGCUGUGCAACACUGCAACGACCAAAGCAACCACCUCCUCCACCACCACUCAAAGCAUCCAUCACAGUCGAUCCUGGAACGUCAUAUGCUCGUCAAGUCAGCAAUCGUGAUGAUAUUUCUUGGAAAUUUGAAGAUUUCGACUCAGAUGAUGAUGAUACGAGUUCGCAAAAAGUGAACCUUUCGUCGUAUCCAGGACAACCAGGUGUCCCCACUUGUCCCAGCUAUCCAUCGUUUGCUCCAAUAAAUAGGGUUACGGUAGGCCAUGUAUAG